AUGGCCAGCCUCAGAAGACGGCCUUCCAGGACGCUGAGGAGCGGCGCACACGGCCUCUUUCUGACGCCUUUGAUUGAGAAGGACGCCGUUCGAUUCGCCAGGGAUGUGAGCCUCGCGAAGAUCUUCAAGAACAGAGCUAAAGCCACCGCGCACUCUGGCUUCAUAACCGUCAACAAGGAACUGCAGACGAACCUGUUCUUCAUCUACGUGCAGGCUGAGGACGCCGUUCGAUUCGCCAGGGAUGUGAGCCUCGCAAAGAUCUUCAAGAACAGAGCGAACGCCACCGCGCACUCUGGCUUCAUCACCAUCAACAAGGAACUGCAGACGAACCUGUUCUUCAUCUACGUGCAGGCUGAGGUGAAUCCCGACCGUGCGCCGCUCAUGGUAUACCUGCAAGGAGGGCCGGGAAAGUCGGGCACGUUCGGCCAGUUCCUCGAGGUCGGGCCCCUGGGCGUCAACUCGGAAGGAAAGCUCUACCGGAGGCAGCACACCGUCCAGAAGAUGUUCAACGUCGUCUUCCUCGACCAGCCGGCAGGGUCGGGCUUCAGCUUCACGAAGUCGGAGAUGGGCUACGCUCGCAGCAUCGACGACUGCGUGACGGGCGCGAGGGAAUUCCUCAGGCAGUUCCUGCUCCUGUUCCCGGAGAACAGGAACCGCGAACUCUACGUAGCCGGCGAGAGCUACGGAUCUCGCGGAGCAGUAGCCCUGUCCUACAGCUUAAUGAAGAAUCCAGAUCCCAGCAUACCACUCAAGGUGUCUGGCGUGAUCGCCGCGUCUGCCGUGUUCGGCAACGCUCUAGACCUACUGGACUCAGCCGACACGCUGUACCAUUUCGGCAUGCUCGACACCCACGGCCGAGACGUGUUCAACCAGACGAUGGAUCGCGUCCGCCAGCUGUGGGCCAACAACCGCACCACGGCGCUGAACAUUCUCAGUCACACGAUAUUCCGGCUGUACCAUACGCCGAGCCUCUUUAUGAACCUCACUGGUUACAAUGAUCACGCCAGCCUGUUCAACGACCGGAAGCCCCGGGAGUACGUCCACUACUUCCGGUACAUGAAGAAGCCGCUUCUGAAAAGGGCUCUGCACCUAUCUUCCCACGCUACGGUAGACAGUACCCGGCUUCUGGUGAUGCUUCAUCUCUCCAGUGACUACAUCACCGAUUUGCGUGAUAAAGUCGAAUAUCUUCUCGAUGCCACAAGAAUGCUUAUCUUGACAGGCCAAAUAGACACGGUAUUUGCCACGGUGAACCAAGAGAAGUACUUGAUGACGCUCAACUGGACAGGGGCAGCGGAGCUGAAAAAAUCUGCGAGGAGACCCUGGUACGCGGACGGGCCUGAUUCUAAACUUACGGGCUACGUCAAGACUGCCAAGGACCUCACGUAUGUGGUUCUGACUCGCGCCGGACACCACGUAAUAGCCGACGCAUCCGAAGCCGCGUACAGUGUGAUCGAGCGCUUCGCAUCUGGCGUCGACGUAAUCGAUUCCAAGAGAAAAGUGUUGGGCGUGAAUGAGCGCCGCUAA